AUGUCUGCUAUUACCAUCCAGAAGGGCCCCAUCCAACUGGCCGGCCUCAUUCACAAGCCCACCACACCUGGCUCCAAAUUCCCAGCUCUCAUCAUUGUGCACCCCGGCGGUGGCGUCAAGGAGCAGACUGCAGGCCUUUACGCAAAAAAGCUUGCCCAGAAUGGCUUCGUGACCGUCUGCUACGAUGCCUCCCACCAAGGCGAGAGCGGCGGCGAGCCUCACUUCCUGGAGGAUCCAUCGCAACGUGUUAGCGACGUCUGGAGUGUCGCUGACUACCUGGAAAAACUUGACUUUGUCGACUCCGACAAGAUCGCCGUCGUCGGAAUCUGUGCAGGAGGUGGAUAUGCCACCGCCGCCGCCAAGGCAGACCACCGCUUGAAGGUCCUCGCCACGAUCAGCAUGGUGAACAUUGGCGACUCGGCACGUCUGGGCUGGGAUGCCGACGAGGACCCGAAACAAAAGGUUGCAGCAUUCGACAUGGCAGCUAAGCAAAUCACCGCUGAGAACAACGGAGCCGAGCCGGCGGCUGCACCCUACGUGCCUCCUCAGCUGGACGACAAGACUCCUGCUGAUAUGAGGGAGGCCCACGACUACUACCUCACCCCGAGAGCCCAGCAUCCUCGCGCUUGCAACAAGAUGUUGAUUCGGAGCUUCCCGCUUGUGCUGAACUUCGAUGCUUUCCACCUCGCGGAUCUUUACCUGACACGGCCUACUUUGCUCAUCGCGGGCGAGAAGGCGGGCUCUUUGUGGCACACUGAGAAGCUUGACAAGCUAAUUGGAGGAGCCACGAAGAAGCUGAUUGUUCCGAAUGGAACCCAUAUGGACUUCUAUGACCAGGACAAGUAUGUCGAUCUGGCUGUUAAGAAUGUUUCGGAGUUUAUGAACGAGAAGCUGUAA